CCGAUUGCCUACUCGAUGGUAGGGCCCGCCGCAGCCCGGCCUCCGGGCGCCGCCAUGUUGGAGGCGCAGGAUGGUAGCCAUGACUGCGAGCACCAGAUCCGCAGCCAGAGCCGAGCCCGCUCUGCCAGGCAUAUGCUGGAGGUGCGUCCGGGGCUGUUCUUGGGUGGAGCCGCGGCCGUCGCGGAGCCAGACCACCUGAGGGAGGCGGGCGUCACGGCAGUGCUGACCGUGGACUCGGAGGAGCCUGACUUCCAAACGGGGGCUGGGGUCGAGGGUCUACGGAGUCUCUUCGUGCGAGCGUUGGACAAACCCGAGACCGACCUGCUCAGUCAUCUGGACCGCUGUGUGGCCUUCAUUGUCCAGGCUCGCGCCGAGGGCCGCGCGGUGCUGGUGCACUGUCAUGCAGGGGUCAGUCGAAGUGUGACUGUAAUAACCGCUUUUAUGAUGAAGACUGACCAGCUUACCUUUGAAAAAGCCUAUGAAAACCUUAAGACUGUCAAGCCAGAGGCCAAGAUAAAUGAGGGGUUUGAGUGGCAACUGAAAUUAUACCAGGCAAUGGGCUGUGAAGUAGAUACCUCCAGUGCAGUGUAUAAACAAUAUCGUUUACAAAAGGUUACAGAGAAGUAUCCAGAAUUGCAGAACUUACCUCAAGAACUCUUUGCUGUUGACCCAUCUGCCAUUUCACAAGGAUUGAAAGAUGGAGGUCUCUACAAAUGUAGAAAGUGCAGGCGAUCUUUAUUUAGAAGUUCUAGCAUUUUGGAUCAUAAUGAAGGAAGUGGUCCUAUAGCCUUUGCCCACAAGAGGAUGACACCAUCCCCCAUGCUUUCCACAGGGAAUCAGGCUCAAUGUACAUCUUAUUUCAUUGAACCUGUACAGUGGAUGGAAUCCACUUUGUUGGGAGUGAUGGAUGGACAGCUUCUCUGCCCCAAAUGCAAUGCCAAGUUGGGUUCUUUCAACUGGUACGGUGAACAGUGCUCAUGUGGUAGAUGGAUAACACCUGCUUUUCAAAUACAUAAGAACAGAGUGGAUGAAAUGAAAAUGCUGCCGGUUUUGGGAUCACAAACAAGAAAAAUAUGAACUUGUUACAUUUGAUAACUUGCUGAUAAGUGCUGCUCUUCUUAUUGUCAUCCGUGGUAGAUUGUGUGGUUUUUAGGCCAUUAACAUAUCAUUUGCAAUGUGAGAAGGUAAAAUCACUUGAUGUUACUCAGAAAUUAUACAUUGUCAGCUUCUUAUACUGUCUAAGUAGAAUACUUUGUAUAGAAAUCAGAACUUUUUAAUCAUGUAAAUUAUACUUUGAUAUUAAAAUAUUCUAUAACCUGGA